ACGCCAUUAUUUACACCUUGUUCCACCUCUAUAAACCCGACGUCCUCGUCCUCGUCCUCGUCCUCGUCCAUGGCAUCAGUUCUAGUACCUGUCGCAUAUUUGGCUGUCCUCGUCACAGCACGUCUCGUUUUCAGUCAUUUUUACAAAAAACGUCUUGCCUCUCAACCAAUGGAACCUUACUUCCCUUCGCAUCCUGAGCGCAAUACUUAUGUCACUCUACUCCAGAAAACCGAUCCUCCUACACCUGACGUAGUUCUCAAAUCAGCUCUGGUGCGACGAGCAAUGGCAGACGUGCAACGUGUUCUCCGCAUACGGGAAGACAAGCCCGCCCUUCAAAAUUUACUUCAGAAAGGUUCCAUCGGUGACGAACUCUGGAAUAGUCUUCUAGCUGCCGAGAAGGAAUUAGAAGGAGAAAUUGUAGAGGUGGUUAACGAAGCGAACUCGUUCGUGGACGGGUGGGGUCCAGUCAUCUUCCAAACUGCCAAUGAGAUGCUUGCGAACGAGCAGAUGCGCAAAAUAUUUGAGUCAACGACAGAGAGGAAGGCAGAGCUAGCGUUGAAGUACGGCGUGAAACUCGAAGCCACUGAUACUGAGACGGCCCAACCUCAACGUCAAGCGCAAACAUCUACUCCCACUCCCUCCAAAUCCAAGCUGACCAACGGCCUUUCUCCACCAGUCAACGCCGGAGUUGAGAGCGCAGCAUCGAGUGAUGCAGAAUCUCAUCAGAGCCCAAUAUCUCCUCGUUCCAAAGCAGCUCAAAAGGGCAAGAAGCGGAAGUAAUGGUCAUGACCGCCCUUCCAUUGUAUAUCUUAUACAUAGCCCAGUAUUACAUUGAUUGCAUUCCAAGACAGGCAACGAAAGAUUGGUUCAAUGCCAUAUAAAAUCAAAGUAUCGAUCCCGGAAUCUCAAAUUCUCGCAAGUCGAUUAUUACUCAGUGGGUCCCCGUGCACGCAGUAACCGA